AUGGCUGAACAAACCGCCAUCAUGAAUACCGACCAAUGCACCCCUGCCACGGGCGCCUCCAAAGGCCAAGAACAAUCUUCAUCUUCGGCCAGUCCCGACAUCGGAAAACCAUCUGCCGCGACGCCACAGACUGAGCCCUCAAGCCAUGCCCAUGCACACCUGCAAGCCCAAGCCGUUGCCGACAACGACAUUUUCGCAGAGACGAGCGAGGAAUUGGACCAGGACCGCCUCAAAAGAAUUGCAGCGGCCGGAAAUGCCCAUUUCCACCGUCUGGGAUGGAAGCGGCUGGCCAUCGUCACCAUUGUCGAGGCCAUCGCUUUGGGUGCUCUCAGCCUGCCAGCGGCGUACCACACCCUUGGCAUGUUUGCCGGCGUCUUUCUCACAAUCACACUGGGACUGAUUGCCAUCUUUACCAGCUGGAUCGUCGGCCAGGUCAAGCUCAAGUUUCCAGAGACGGCCAGUUAUGCGGAUGCAGGCCGCCUGCUGAUGGGUCGCUUUGGCUAUGAAGUCUUUGGUGCCGCCCUGGUGCUUGAACUGGUCAUGGUUGUGGGAUCGCAUGCCCUCACCGGCAGCAUUGCUCUUGGAGAUCUCAACGAUGGCCGUACGUGCUCGAUUGUCUUCUCGGCCGUGUCUGCCAUCAUUCUGCUCAUCUUGGCCAUCCCGCCGUCCUUCUCAGAGGUUGCCAUCCUCGGGUACAUUGACUUUGGCUCCAUUGUCGCCGCUGUCGGGAUAACCAUCAUUGCCACGGGAAUCCAGGCCAGCGAGAGUCCUGGGGGUCUCUCUGGCGUCGAGUGGUCGGCCUGGCCAAAGGAUGACGUGACGUUUUCACAGGCUUUUGUUGCUGUUAGCAACAUCAUCUUUGCCUUUAGCUUCGCCAUUGGGCAAUUCUCCUUCAUGGACGAGAUGCACACGCCUACCGACUACAUGAAGUCCAUCUGGGCGUCUGGCUUUAUCCAAAUUGCCAUUUACACCCUCACUGGUGCGCUGUGCUAUGCCUUUAUCGGGCCCUCUGUCAAGUCGCCUGCUCUCCUUUCGGCCGGCCCGCUCAUCUCCAAGAUUGCUUUUGGAAUUGCCCUCCCCGUCAUCUUCAUCUCUGGCUCCAUCAAUUCCACCGUCGCCCUCCGCUAUAUCCACGGUCGAAUGUUUAAGAAUUCCGUCAACCGAUACAUCAAGACCCCCAUGGGCUGGGCCACCUGGAUUGGUCUUGUGAUUGCCUUUACCAUUGUCGCCUGGGUCAUUGCCGAAGCCAUCCCCAUCUUCUCCGACCUGCUCUCGCUGGCGUCGGCGCUCUUCGUGUCUGGAUUCUCUUUCUGGAUUCCCGCCAUAAUGUGGUUCAAGCUGCUUUGCCCUGGAAAGUGGUAUUCCAAGGAGAACCUGCCCAUUAGCAUCGGCAGCGUUGUGGCAUUCAUCAUUGGCGCCGUGACACUGGUUGCGGGCACGUAUUCCACCAUUGUUGACAUUAUCAAGGAGACGAAUGACGGCUCAGCCCACAGUCCGUUUGCUUGCCGGUCGAGCUGA